GUGGGGGAAAAAAUCGAUUCACUUCAGUAUCGCGAUAUUUUGCGUUCGCAAUUAUAUCGAUACAGUAGCGCAAAGUAUUGCGAUAUUUAAUUAUAUAAUUAUGUGUUUUACUUUCGGGUUUUCUCUGACUUUACUCUGAUAAUAUUACAUUUCCAUAUUACAACCACAAGGUGGCGCUUGUUGCGGUGCUUUGAUGACGUGCAUUCAACAACAAAUUAGGUGGUGCUUUGUUACCUUGCAUUCAACAAAUUUAAAUGAAAAUGGCUUCACCAUCUCAACCGAUUGUACACGAAGCUCCGUCUUCUUUUAAGUCGAAAGUGUGGCUACAUUUCGUUUUUUAUCGAAAAUGUAAUACUAGUCAAGACCUUGACAUGCAGUUUGCCAUCUGCAAAGAGUGCCGGAUGAAAAUUAAGUAUUGUGGGAAUACGACGAAUUUGAGAGUGCAUCUCACAAGGCACCAUUUAGAGUUAGCGAUAGCGACCCCUGAGGAACGACCCAAAGUUGUCCUACCCGCAAAUCAACGCACCUUGGACCAAACUAAAGUGAUAAAGUUACCUCAAAACUCCGAAAGGGCAAAGAAAAUCACUGAGGCAAUAGCCUACUUCAUCCCCAAAGACUUACAGCCUUACAGUGUGGUGGAGAAUGAAGGUUUCCAGAAUCUGCUAGGCAUACUGGAGCCCAGGUAUGUGAUCCCCUCACGUAAAUAUUUUACCGACACUGCCAUCCCCAAACUCUACAGCGAAGUCAAAGAGGAGGUAAAUGGAACUUUAAGUUUAGCCGAAGGAGUUGCUAUAACUUGUGACGGUUGGUCAUCAAGAGCUACUGAAUCCUACAUGAUCAUAAUGGCGCAUCACAUCACGGAUGAAUGGCAGCUUUUAGCUCAUGUUCUUCAAACCAGGGCGAUGCAUGAGAGUCAUACCGGGGCUAAUGUGGCUGAGGUGCUGAAAACGUCAACCGAAGAGUGGGGCAUCUCUAACAAGCCGAUUGUUUUGGUAACGGACAAUGCGUCCAACAUGGUAGUGGCUGCGCAGGUCGGGGGCUACCUUCACGUGAAAUGUUUUGCCCAUACCCUCAACCUCGCCUCACAGCGCGCACUUAAGCUGCCUGCUGUCGCUAGGUUACUGGGAAGAGUCCGGAGAAUAACGACUUUUUUCCACCGCAGUACAAUCGCCAACUCCAUGUUGGAACAAAAACAAAAGCUCCUGGACCUCCCCACUCACAAGCUUAAGACCGAUGUUGUGACCCGUUGGAACAGUGGCUACGAAAUGCUUCAGCGUUUCUUGGAACAACAACCAGCGAUCUGAGCUGCUCUGUUGUCCUCUGACGUCAGGCGGUCAGGAAGUGAUAUUUGCACCCUCAACGAAAAUGACAUUACAGACGCUGAGGACAUAAUACAGGCACUUCGACCGAUGUUUGUAGCCACGAAAAUAGUUUCAGAGGAGAAGAAUCCCACUUUGUCCAUCAUUGCUCCAGUGCAUGCAAAGCUGCUAAAUGACACACAUCAGGCAAUGGGGGACAAACCAAUUGUGAGGGACAUCAAACAGGCAAUAAAUCAAGAUCUGCAGAAGAGAUAUAGCACUGUUGAGGAGAAAAACACCCUCCACACAGCAUCGGCCCUGGAUCCACGAUUUAAGUCACUGCCUUUCCUGACCACAGAUGACAUCAGUGCCACAUAUUCCAAACUGGUUGUGGAGGCAGCCAGCCUUCAGCCCACUAUUAGGCAAGAAGAGACCAGCAGUGCCUCUGGAAUAGAAAUGGAUGGACAGGAUCUUGAGGUGCUUGAAGAGCCACAACCUAAAAGAAGAUCUGGGCUAGCUGAUUUACUGGGAGAAACAUUUUCUACCACAGCCCCACUAAAGUCAGCAUUUUCCCAAGCUGAAGAGGAAGUGAAGAGAUACCAGGAGGCUUCUCCACUGCCACUUGAAGAAAACCCUCUCAACUGGUGGAAAGCUCAUGAGAAAAUGUAUCCUUUCCUGGCCAAACUCGCCAAAAGAUACCUGAGCAUUCCAGGCACAAGUGUGUCUGCUGAAAGGGUGUUCUCCACUGCAGGGGAUAUAGUCACAGCCCAGAGGAGCACUUUAACAUCUGAGCAUGUUGACCAACUGCUUUUUCUGAGCAAAAAUGCAAACAUUCCAAAAUGAAUUUAACAUUUUGGUUCAUGACCUUGCAGCCAACUAGACUGGACUCUAGCAGUUCACAUUUUUGUUUAUUUUUCUCAAGUUGAUUGAAGCACUGAGUUACUCUUAUUUAUAUGAGUAUUCUAAGGUUUGUUACUCUAUUAAGUCUGCUUUGUGUUACUCUAUUGUAUUUAAAUAAUUUUAAUUUAUGUGCUGGGAGCUCAGCGUUCAUGUGAGAGGUCACCUAUUCCGAAAUAAUUACAACGGUCCUGUGUCCUGAAUGUUCAAGGACAAAGUUUUGCACUACCCUUCUAAGUUUUUGCACUGUUGUUCACAUAAUUAAAUGUGCCAUUUG